UUUAAUACAUCACACUUAAUAAAUAUUAUGGUAUUUAUACAGCCGAUCCGAGACUAGUUAUUUUUUGUUAAAGUUCUGAAAAGCACAGAUAAAAUUAUGUUCGUGCGGAAAAAAUUUUAAUCCCUAUGAAACAAUUUGCUUCCGUCCAUCUGAACAUACUACAUCUGAACCUGGGAGUGGUUUCCCCGGUCCACACUGUAGAUAUAAAAAAAAAGAAAAAAUAAUUAAUAAAUUUAAUUUUUAUAACACCUAUUUGAAUUUUUUAUGUUCAAAAUUCAAAUGUGGGCAGAGUGAGUCCGAAAAAAUGUGUUGGUCGAAUCGAUAUUCGAACGAGAUGGAUAUAUUCCACAAGGGCAGAGUUUCGUAGAGAAGCAAUUAGUUUUGUUCGCGUAUGUUUUUUUUUCGGCAGGGCGUGUCGGCAACGAUCCCGCCCAGUACAGCCCGGCGCCCGUCAGUCCUAGAGGAACCUCCGUGGUGAUAAUACGUGUCGCCAGUGAGACAGUUUCAUACUACGUGUUACGACCGCUGGUUUUGGACCAACUGCAUCAUGAGAAAAAUAACGGAUGUUACUCGAACCUAAAUGAAGGCGCUCACUAUGGAGGGAUUCCUUCAUCAUAUGGCGCCACAAUUCUUGCACCCGGCUCUGCAAAGCUUUGGUUGCGGUGCCUUUCGACCUAUAGGCGGUGCUUUCCAUCCGCUGUAUCCCGGCAAAGCUUUCGCUAGGCAUCUAGGCGAGCAGUAUGCGCUGGGACAGAGUGUCGGUCAAGCUUUGAGGGGUGUAAGAGAUGACAAUAGUACCCCGCCGCUCUACCGGCAUGGGUACGCCAUCCGCGAUGACACCAGCUCUCCGGGGUCAGCUGCCUCGGCCUCGCCGCGGCCCUGCAAGGACGAGGACGUCCCAGCCACCGCCACCUGCUCCGACCCUCAUGAGAUGUUCUCACCUGAUGGUGAACGUAAGUCAUCGUGUGGUGUGUGCGGGGCUCGGCUGGGCCCGGGCGUGGCUCAAGCGCACUUUUUGCAAGAGCUGCAGCACCUUUACAGCCUAACGGCCAUACCGCGAGAGGCGACUGGUCCAUCCCACUCGCUUCAUCACCAGGACGAAGACGCACGCUGGGAGACGUACCAGCGCAUACGAGCGAAUCGGCAGCGUCGCUUGAAGCUGCGUACCCGUAAGCGUCAUCACACAGUGGAAAGCAUGCUGGGUUACGACCUGGAAGAAGAACGUCGGGAAGAAAGGCCAAGAGAACGAACAUACGACGCAGAGGACGAACCGGUGGACGUUGAAGGAGACUCGCUCGGGUGGCCUGAAGGGGCCAUCAAUGUCGAAGAUAAAGAUCACCGCAGUGACGCUGAAAAGAUACACCUUAGUUACGCGGAGGAUCUAGAAAUAUCGAGCACCAACGACAACAUGCAGUCGCCUGAACGCGUGAGAAUUGAGACUCCGAAGCCGUUGUCGCUGGAGUGUGCGAAGCCCGAGCCUGAGCGUCCAGCCGAGGUGAGCACCUCUGAGUGGGCCGGAGCCCCCGACACCUGGCCUCCCAUAGACGCUUACACACACCCACGACAUAAGAUCGACGGCGAGAUGCCUUCCUCAACCGACACGCGCAACUAAACUAUGCAUUCUGGACCAUAGACACUUGCAAAUUUGGAUCACAAAAGAGUUACAUUAGACAGUUUUAUAUAUUAUUUAAAUUCUGCCUUUUAUCUAUGGUUGAGAAUGUUUUUCUAUUUGUCAAUAUUUAAUUGUUUUAAUGUUCGUUGAAUAAUUUCGUUUAUGAUAUAUUACUUACUAAUAUUAAAUUUAAAUGUAAUGUAUUAAUUAUUAUUAUUAAGUUAUUUUGUUUUAUAGAAUAACAUUCGAAUUAGGAGGACUCUACGCGUUCGCAUUGAUGUUUUUAUGGCUUAUAUUAAAUUAGAAAAAAAAAUAUUAAUAGGAAAAAAAAUAUUUGAAAACACGCAAAACCAUUUUUAAGUUAACACAUGUAUAAUAAUAUACUUCAUUAUGAUCAGAAAACAGUACAACUAUUUGUAGCGCAUUCAUCCUAUAAAAAAUAAUGGCACUUAUAUCACUUGUCUUCUAUAGGAUAUUGUAGGUAUUAUUUUAUAUUGUACAGUUAAACAGAAUAAACUAUUGGUUCACACGAAUUUUUUAAAAAUAGAAUUAUAUUAAAAUUACGUGAAAAUUUCAACGGACAAAUAUGAUUUUAGUGUAAAAAAAAACCACGUUGAAUUCUUAUUAAUUCGAUUUAAAGCGAGUCUAGAUGUUAGCUUUCAAUUAAUUCUUAGCGUAAGGCUAAUAACCAAAUUAUCGUCUGUUUGUUGUGAUUAUGCCAAAUAUAUAUAUAAUGUUAUAUAUGCUUAGUAAAUAGACUAUCAUUUUAUGUAGAUGCAAAUGUUACUUUCACAGCGGCUCCGUGUACAUAUUAGAGACAAUUUUGAAAUGUUCUGAAGCUAUUUCAUAAUAUUAUUUACGCGUAAAUUGUUAAACUUUAUUUGUGUAAAAAAAAAAAAUUUUUUUUGCUCGUAUUUCAUAAGCGUUUUUGAUGUUAAUUUAAUGAUUAUUCGUGUCAAAUACGAUGAUUGUAUUUAAAUCUCGAUGCACAGAAGUAACGAAUUAAGUUCCGCGUCCCUGUAGUGGCGGUUCCCAUCGUCAAACUUACAGUUUUAGAGGUUUUACCUCAAAAACUAUUUAUAAUAUAAUAUUGAUCAUGUUUUAUGAAUAAAAAUUUAAACUACUCUUGUUAAGUGUGACGAUGCAAAAUAAUAUUGAGGAUACUGAAAUCGACUUCCCCUUAACCCUAGAAAGUAAGCACGCAAGAAGUAAUGAAUACGCUAGGUGUAUCAAAUAAUAUUGUAAGUACCUAACUGUAUCUGUAUAUUAAAUAUUAUUUAAAUCUUAUAAAUGAAACGUCAAAUUAUUUAAAAUUCUUAUAAUAUAUUUCUCAAAUCUUUUACAAAAUAUCGCAAUAAAACCAUACAUAAAAUUCUCAAUCAAUAAUUUUAAUUUUGACGUGACAUUUGUUUUUUUUUUU